CAUCACCAUCUUCUUCGGAAUCACCUAAAAAAAAUUAACCCAUUUUCGUUUCCAUGCUCAAAAAACUGCUUCAUUUUUUGAAUCAAUUUUCUUCUCAUCUCAGGUAGGUGUUAUACUGGUUUUGUUUUCUUCAUUCUCAUCAUCAUCUUCUUCUUCUUCUUAUUAUUAUUAUUCGUUUCAAGCCUGGAAAAUAGAUAGAGAAAUAAUCCAGGUUUAUAAUAUAUAUAUAUAUAAUAUAUAUAAGAAAAUUUACAAUAAAAGAAAUGAGCUGCUUUUCGUGUUUUCAACCAAGUAAAAACAAAACAACAAAGAGAUCAAUUGAUAUAAGAAGGUCUGGCCAAACCACUGGAGCAAAUCCCAGGAAAGAGUCCAACAUUGCACCACAACCUCGGUCUUCAGAAAACCCUAAACCAAAAUUUGCACCAGAAGGUGAGACCACAAAGAACAACAACAAUAAUAAUAAUAAAGAUACCAAUAAAGAAGCAGCAUCUAAUGGGAACCAAAAUAUUGCUGCACAUACUUUUACAUUCAGAGAAUUGGCUACAGCCACAAAGAAUUUCAGGCAAGAGUGUUUGCUUGGAGAAGGUGGAUUUGGAAGAGUUUACAAAGGCAGACUUGAAAAAACUGGCCAGAUUGUAGCAGUGAAACAACUUGACAGGAAUGGUUUACAAGGAAACAGAGAGUUUCUUGUUGAGGUUCUGAUGUUAAGCCUCUUACACCAUCAAAAUCUAGUCAAUCUUAUUGGGUAUUGUGCUGAUGGAGAACAGAGGCUUUUGGUCUAUGAAUUCAUGCCAUUGGGGUCUCUAGAAGACCAUUUAUUAGAGUUACAAGCAGGGCAAAAGCCAUUAGAUUGGUACAAGAGAAUGAAAAUAGCAUUAGGAGCAGCCAAAGGGUUGGAGUAUUUGCAUGACAAGGCCAAUCCACCUGUGAUCUACAGAGAUUUGAAGUCAUCCAACAUUUUGUUAGACAAGAAUUUCAAUGCCAAACUCUCUGAUUUUGGGCUUGCCAAGCUUGGGCCUGUGGGAGACAAAAGUCAUGUUUCAUCAAGAGUAAUGGGGACUUAUGGCUAUUGUGCUCCUGAGUAUCAGAGAACAGGGCAGCUCACAGUUAAGUCAGACGUUUAUAGUUUUGGUGUCGUUUUAUUGGAGCUCAUCACUGGAAGAAGAGCCAUUGAUACCACAAAACCAAACACUGAGCAAAAUCUAGUUUCUUGGGCACAACCUUUAUUCAAAAACCCUCAAAAGUUCCCAGAACUAGCAGAUCCAUUGCUCGAAGCAGGAGAUUAUCCAGUUAGAGGAUUACACCAAGCGGUUGCAGUGGCUGCCAUGUGUUUGAACGAGGAACCCUCGGUGAGGCCCCUCAUCAGCGACGUCGUCACAGCUCUCAGCUUUCUCGGGACCACUCCUGAUGCCACCGCUCCCACUUCUCCGACCACCGCCGCCGAGCAAAACGGCACAGCUCAACACGAUGAUACGAACAGCAAGAGAUUAAUACAAGAACGACAACGAGCCGUACAAGAAGCCAUUGAAUGGGGUUCCACUUCAAGGCACAACAAUGGUAAAAACCGGUUUGGAAGUGCUGCUUCCUUGUAAUAUUAUUAUAUAUAUAUAUAGAUCGAGUGCUAUACUGCUUCUUUUUCUUCUUCAUCUAAUUUAUAUAUAUACAAAUACCAUGUUAUAUCUAUAUAUAUAUAUAUGAUUGGUGGUUGAGUGUAGUUGAGGAUUUUCUUGGGAAAAAGUUCUUCAUUCUUUCUUUUUUUUUUUUUUUCUUAUACCAACAUAUAUAUAAUUGAUGAAUGUAGUUUCAUUCUUUUCAAUGAACGAUAAUACAAUUUUUUUGGUCAAGUACUUUUAAAGAUUUAUCCAUAUACAUUUAAAUAUAUAUUAUUUAAAUGUA